GCUGCCGCAGUCCUCGGUUGCCGUGACGAUCGUGCUGGGCUAUUUCAAACUCUGUUGGAAACUCUUCCGGCUCGCUGAGGACAGUGUUCCAGACAGGAGAUAUUUGCGGUUGCUCAGUUUCCCAAACUAUGGGCAGCAAGAAGAAGGAAAUUGCCUUGCAGGUGAACAUCAGCACCCAGGAGCUUUGGGAGGAAAUGCUCAGUUUCAAAGGGCUAACUGUUGUUGACGUCUACCAAGGCUGGUGUGGUCCCUGCAAGCCUGUGGUGAACCUCUUCCAGAAGAUGAGGAUCGAGGUUGGCCUGGACCUUCUGCAUUUUGCAUUAGCAGAGGCUGAUUGUCUUGAUGUCCUUGAAAAAUACCGAGGGAAGUGCGAGCCGACCUUUCUGUUUUAUGCAUGGAGGAGAACUGGUGGCUGUGGUAGAGGAGCAAAUGCACCUCUGCUGCAAAAAACCAUCCUAGAUCAGCUGGAGGCCGAAAAGAAGGUGUUAACUGAAGGCAGAGACCGAAAAGUGAUUCAAGAUGAAGCCCUUUCUGAUGAAGAUAAAUGUUUCUCCCACAUAAAGGAGGAUGGUGAAGAUGAGGAUGUGGUUUCAUCAGAAAAGACCUGCACCUUGGCAAUCAUUAAACCGGAUGCAGUGGUACAUGGAAAAACUGAUGAGAUUAUUAUGAAGAUCCAGGAAGCUGGGUUUGACAUUUUAACAAAUGAAGAGAGAACCAUGACCGAGGCAGAAAUGCGACUUUUCUACCAACACAGAGCUGGAGAGGAGGCAUCUGAGAAGCUGGUAACUCACAUGUGCAGUGGACCGAGUCACCUCUUGAUCCUCACCAAGACUGAGGACUCCGAGGAUGUGAUCACUGCUUGGCAAACUUUCAUGGGACCCUGUGACCCCAUUGUGGCCAGAAGAGAGCAGCCUGACAGUCUCCGAGCUCAGUAUGGCACAGAAAUGCCCUUUAAUGCCGUCCAUGGAAGCCAGGACAGGGAAGAUGCCAGAAGAGAACUGGCCUUGUUCUUCCCCAGUUUUAAGUUUUCAGAAGAAAGUACAAAAGCCCCUGAGGGCGGCAAGGACGAAGGAGCAGCAGGCCCCACUGAGUAGCUUCGAGUUCCUGAGGCUGUGGACUGA